GGUCGCUUUACGGCAGAGCGUGGAGGUCAGAGAAGCAUGAUAAAAAGCGAACCCAACCAUCCAUUACAAAAAGCUGAUCAGUUCAAUACCUGACUACUUACAGUAAGACAGUGUACAAACAUAUUGAAACGUAAACAUAUUACUGCGUUGUAGAUACCAGGAAAUAUCGGUAUAGCUUUUCCAACGAGAACUGUCGGUCCCUCGGAUUGCAUCAUAACGUUUGGUCUGCUAGGCUAGCUAGCUAGUUCACCCAAACAGGAUCUCCAGUCCGAAGCAUUUGCCGGGUGAGUCUCCAGAUAUUCCCCAGAAAUGGACAACAACGCCCCCGGAUCGGGAGGGAAAGGCGGCUUCGGGAGUCUCUUUGGAGGCGGCGAAUACUCUAACACAGAGCUCGCCGGUGUCCCAUGUAAGUGUCUCUGCAACUUGAUGUAUGUACUUAGCUAGCAUGCUAACUAGCGUUAGCUAGAAAAGUUGACAUCAGUUGACAUCACUAAGGUGGCUAAGGUUUAUGUUGAAUGUGACAACUGUUGUCUUGUCCAAUUUUCUACACAGUGACUGGAAUGAGCCCCCUGUCACCUUAUCUCAAUGUCGACCCCCGCUACCUUGUACAGGUAAGAGAUUCUAGCUAGCUAGCUAGUAGUAUACAUUUGACCCCAAUCAAUGAAUGUAGAAUUGAUUUGUGACAUUCCCACUAACAAGUCGACUAAGAUCACAGAUGUUAACCAGUGUGUGUGUGUGUGUUCCAGGACACAGAUGAGUUCAUCCUGCCCACAGGGGCCAACAAAACCAGAGGGCGGUUUGAACUAGCGUUCUUCACCAUCGGGGGCUGCUGUAUCACAGGUGACACAUACUCCCUCCCUCCCUCAGUUUCUCUGCCUCUCCCUCUCUCAUCUGUCUAUCCCUUUCACUCCCCCUCUCCCAGAUGAAAUGAUGUUGUCUGCUUGUAUCUGAUUCUCUCUGCCUCUAGGAGCUGCGUUUGGGACAGUGAAUGGUCUGAGGAUGGGGUUGAAGGAUACGAGAGAAAUGGGCUGGACUAAACCUCGCAACGUCCAGUAAGCCCACUAUGUUCCUCCAGUAGUAUGUGUCUUUGGUGUUAUCGCGUUGGAGACAGGUCUUAGUCAUGCUAAUAGAAAUGUUCUAUGGUAUGGUGCUCUAUAUACUGCUCUCUGAUUGGCUCGCUUAUCUGACCUCUGAACUUGCCCUCAGGAUUCUCAACAUGGUGACCAGACAAGGUGCAUCGUGGGCCAACACACUGGGCUCUGUUGGUGAGCACUCACGUCUUCCUCUCUCCUCAUCGCUUCUUCAUCACCAUGCCAACCAGGUGUCAGGGUCUGCUAUCCCUAGUAUUAUUGUAUUAACCAUGGUGUGUGUGUGUGUGUGUGUGUGUGUGUGUGUACAGCGUUGUUGUACAGUGUAUUUGGCGUGGCCAUAGAGAAGGCUAGAGGAGCAGAAGAUGACAUCAACACUGUGGCUGCUGGGACUCUCACAGGCAUGCUCUUCAAAUCCACAGGUAGGUGUGUGUGGCCUGUCUGUGCAUCGUGUGUUAGAGAAAUGUACAUGCUGAGAUGGAGCCAUAUAAACACCAUCGUCUGUCUCAUUCAAAUCUUAUUGUGUGUGUUGUGUUUCAGGAGGGCUGAAGGGAGUGGCGCGUGGGGGUCUGGUGGGGUUAACCUUGUCCGGUGCCUACGCUCUCUACAGCAACUGGGACCAUAUCAGACGUGGCUCCUCCUCUUCAAGUCUCUACUGAACACGCCCCCGUCUAUUUGGUUCCAUCCAAAAUGGCACCUUAUUCCCUACUUGGUGCACUACUUAUGGUCAGAUCCUCAGGGAAUAGGGUGCCAAUACUUAAACCCCUCCCACAAAUAUCAGCCUCUCCCAUCUGUUCACUUCCUAAUUUGAAGGGGUUCUGGGAUAUUGGAGGAAUG